GACGAUGGGCUCAGCCCAGAGAAAGCUGGACACCAGUCAGACGAGGGAGCGAUGGGACACACCGCCCCCCAAACCACCGCCUUGAAUUGCUAUCGCUGUCUUAAUUUCUCUCUCCCAUUUUCUCCCCUCGCCAUCCUCCUCUCGCUCCGCUUCUUGCGUCCCCCCCCCCCUCUCUCUCUCUCUCUCCCCCCCCACUUUUCUCUCAGCAGUCAGUUGGAAGGGGAUGUGAAAGAGGAGAUCCUUCAGCCCCCAGAGCCUCGCCCGGUUCCUCCCAUCCUGACCCCGUCUCCCCCCUCUGCCUUCCCCACCGUCACCAACGUACGUCAGGACAACGACCGCUACCACCCCAAGCCGGUCAUCCACGUCCUGGCCUCUGCACAACAACAACAGCAGCCCCAGAAAGCCCAACAGGCCCAACUGUCCCCCGACCUGAAGGACAACUAUAACAAGACAUCGUUGGACAGUGUCCCCUCAGGAGGCCCCCCUGCCCAGGCCCCCUCUCCCUCCUCCCCCUCCCCAAUGGAUGGGGCAGUGCGUCUAGAGAGGAAGCUGAGUAUUGAGAUACAGAAGGUUCCCUUACAGGAGGGUCCUAAGAGCUUCGAUGGUAACAGCAGGCUGCAAAGAUCCCUUGCCUUCAAGGCCCGCUCCAACACCUCCAGUUCCUCUCUUUCUGAGGACUCAGGGGCCGACGGGGGGGCCCCCAACAUGACGCACCAGGGCGCCUUCGGACCCCUCCCCUCCCGCCCCAACCACCUGCCCCUUAAGGGGGAGAAGGCGGGUCAGGCAGGCUGGAUCAGCCCAGAGAAAGCCCCCACACCUCCAGCCCUGGUGGCUGGGUCAGAGAGCACCCCCACCUCCAAUCUGACCUCUUCCCAGCCCCUCUCCUCCACCUCCACCCCUGUCAGGACUGCUCUGAGCUUCACCAAUCCUCUGCACUCAGACUUCCCUGAUGUGAAGGGAGAUGGAGGAGGGGAGGGUUCCAGACCCUCCUGGUCCUCCAAGGCUACGGCCACGGUUACGGCGGCCCACGGCGAACACCCGCCCAGGAAGGUGUCGCCCAUGUCCAUCGCCGAGCAACGGUCGCCGACGGAAACGGCAUCAAACAGUGACCAGAGUGAAGAUUCUCCUCCCCCUCUACCUGAGAGAACCCCAGAGUCCUUCAUUUUGGCCACAGGUGUGUUUUAACGGUCCGAGACAGGGAUCAUCUUGAUCUCCAAGUCUUGGUCUCAUACAUCAGGAAUGGUGAGCUGUAGUAAGAUGUCUGGCAUCAUGAGACGACAGACAAGGGAGGGUCUGCAAUUUCCAACAUCCUGGAGAGCCAAUGUGUUGCAGGCUUUUGUUCCAUCCCAACUGUGAGUUAACACAUCUGAUUAAAAUGAUCAACUAAUCAUAGUCUCUUAUUUAA